CUAUUAGAGUGGCAGGUCUCGCGUCAUCCGCGGAGGGAUCAGAUCCCCGCUUGCCGCAGGGAGCCGGAGCCGCCGUCCCCGGCCCGGCCCGGGAGCCCUUCCCCGCAGGUUUCCCCCAGACGGACAGGAUGGCGCAGUGGAACCAGCUGCAGCAGCUCGACACCCGGUACUUGGAGCAGCUCCACCAGCUCUACAGUGACAGCUUCCCCAUGGAGCUGCGGCAGUUCUUGGCCCCCUGGAUUGAGAGCCAGGACUGGGCCUACGCUGCCAGCAAGGAGUCUCACGCCACACUGGUGUUCCACAACCUGCUGGGUGAGAUAGAUCAGCAGUACAGCCGCUUCCUGCAGGAGUCCAACGUCCUCUACCAGCACAACCUGCGCAGGAUCAAGCAGUUUCUGCAGAGCAGGUACCUGGAGAAACCAAUGGAAAUUGCCCGCAUUGUAGCUCGGUGUCUGUGGGAAGAAUCUCGCCUUCUCCAAACGGCUGCAACCGCAGCUCAGCAAGGUGGGCAGGCAACUCACCCCACAGCUGCUGUAGUGACGGAGAAACAGCAAAUGCUGGAGCAGCAUCUGCAGGACGUGAGGAAGAGGGUGCAGGAUCUUGAGCAAAAGAUGAAGGUAGUGGAGAACCUCCAGGAUGACUUUGACUUCAACUACAAGACCCUGAAAAGUCAAGGAGACAUGCAGGAUCUGAAUGGAAAUAAUCAGUCAGUGACACGGCAGAAAAUGCAGCAGCUGGAGCAGAUGCUGACAGCACUCGACCAAAUGCGCAGGGGGAUUGUGAGCGAACUGGCUGGGCUCCUGUCGGCCAUGGAGUAUGUGCAGAAAACACUGGCAGAUGAGGAGCUGGCUGACUGGAAGAGAAGGCAGCAGAUUGCGUGCAUUGGGGGCCCUCCCAACAUCUGCCUGGAUCGCCUGGAAAACUGGAUCACAUCCCUUGCUGAGUCACAGCUGCAGACCCGCCAGCAGAUCAAGAAACUGGAGGAGCUACAGCAAAAAGUGUCCUACAAAGGAGACCCCAUAGUCCAGCAUCGGCCCAUGCUGGAAGAAAGGAUUGUGGAGCUGUUCAGGAACCUAAUGAAAAGUGCCUUUGUCGUGGAGAGGCAGCCCUGUAUGCCCAUGCACCCAGAUCGCCCCCUGGUCAUCAAAACUGGUGUGCAGUUCACCACCAAAGUCAGGUUGCUGGUCAAAUUUCCGGAGCUGAACUAUCAGCUGAAGAUCAAGGUGUGCAUUGACAAGGACUCCGGUGAUGUUGCAGCACUCAGGGGCUCCCGGAAGUUCAAUAUCCUGGGGACAAACACCAAGGUCAUGAACAUGGAGGAGUCCAACAAUGGCAGUCUUUCCGCAGAGUUCAAGCACUUGACACUGCGGGAACAAAGGUGUGGCAACGGGGGCAGAGCCAACUGUGAUGCCUCACUGAUAGUCACUGAGGAGCUGCAUCUCAUCACCUUUGAGACAGAGGUUUAUCACCAAGGCCUGAAGAUCGACUUGGAGACCCACUCGCUGCCUGUCGUGGUCAUUUCGAACAUCUGCCAGAUGCCGAAUGCCUGGGCGUCUAUCCUAUGGUACAACAUGUUGACCAACAACCCCAAGAAUGUGAACUUCUUCACCAAGCCGCCAAUUGGCACGUGGGACCAGGUGGCUGAGGUGCUGAGCUGGCAGUUCUCCUCCACCACCAAGCGGGGCCUCAGCAUCGAGCAGCUCACAACGCUGGCAGAGAAACUCCUAGGCCCAGGUGUUAACUACUCUGGGUGCCAGAUCACAUGGGCCAAAUUCUGCAAGGAGAACAUGGCUGGCAAAGGGUUUUCCUUCUGGGUCUGGCUGGACAACAUCAUUGACCUCGUGAAGAAAUAUAUCCUGGCUCUGUGGAAUGAAGGGUACAUCAUGGGAUUCAUCAGCAAGGAGCGUGAACGAGCCAUCCUGAGCACCAAACCACCAGGUACCUUCCUCCUGAGGUUCAGCGAGAGCAGCAAGGAAGGCGGCAUCACCUUCACUUGGGUGGAGAAAGACAUCAGUGGGAAGACCCAGAUCCAGUCGGUGGAGCCGUACACAAAGCAGCAGCUCAACAGCAUGUCGUUUGCGGAAAUUAUCAUGGGCUACAAGAUCAUGGACGCGACCAACAUCCUGGUCUCGCCCCUGGUAUACUUGUACCCUGACAUCCCCAAGGAAGAUGCCUUUGGGAAGUACUGCCGUCCCGAGAGCCAGGAGCACCCUGAAGCCACAGACCCAGGUAGUGCUGCUCCAUAUCUGAAGACUAAGUUCAUAUGUGUCACCCCAACGACCUGCAGUAACACCAUUGACCUGCCAAUGUCCCCACGCACGCUGGACUCGCUCAUGCAGUUUGGGAACAACAGCGAGGGAGCGGAGGCCAACGCAGGAGGCCAGUUUGAGUCUCUGACCUUUGACAUGGAGCUGACUCCAGAAUGCGCCUCCUCACCCAUGUGACCUGCCUCAAGUGCUGCCCUCCUGCAGCCUCUGCAGAGAUCGCCCAAGUGAUUACAGCUUUCUGGCUCCACAUAGUUCCCUCAACCUCAUCCUGCUCCGUCAUGCAUUUGCUACUUGUCCCAGAGCAUCUCUGGGCCUUCCCUUGGGGGGGAAAUGCCAGACUGUGGGUCCUCAUGCUCCAUUUACUGCUGUGCGACCGAAGCCAGCAGUUGGUUCUUCAAGGUGGUGCAAUUGGUAUUUUUUCCAGGGGGGGGGAGGGAGGGGGGGGAAGCGCCUUCUUUUUCUACUUCCUUCUAUAACAAACAUUAUUAUUAUUAUUAUAAUUAUAAUAAUUAUUACUGUUUUUCUCUUUCUGUAUCAAGUGCCUAGUAGCACCCAAUUGCAGCCUCCAGUUUUAUGAAGUGCUUUUGCAGGCCUUGCUAUAUUGCUGCACUCUCCUGAGGGCUGUCUUCUUUAUCCUUCCAUUUUUUGCUAACAUCCAAAUAUACAUGAGGAUUUUUUUAACUGUUGGCUUCUCUACUAGGUAGCUGAGGAAAGAGCCUUGGGCCCCCUCUGGCACAAACUCGCUGCUCUGUGUAUGCAGGCUAGGAGGGAAAAUGCUGGGAUGAAACUCCCCUAUCUCCACAGUUGUUUCACUAUCUUUUGUCCUCCUGAGGCAGAUAGUUCUGGCCUCUAUGGGAGGCAACACGGCAGGCUCUGUAGGGCAGUGAUCCCAUCUACUCUGGCACUCCCAGUGCUUGCACUAGAAGAUGGGCAAGUGGGGAGAGAGCCGUUGGGAUCAGUGAGGGGCUGGGCUAGGUGGAGCAAAUGCAAUGGCAAAACAGAUGUUGUCCCAGCGGGAGAAGGUGGUGCUUCUCCAGGCUGCAACCUCCUGGGGGGAUCCUGCAGGGAAUGGCAGCUGGCUCAGGGGUGCUAGGAUGGCCCUGGGGAAGGUAGAUUUUCAUGGGGAGAGGCUGUUGCUUGCCCUGCCUCACCCAUGCAGGUAGUGUGCUCUCCUGCUGUCACACAGCUAUGUCCCUUCUUUCUGGGUGUGCAGCCUCUCUACAGGAGAGCUCCCUCCACAAUUCACGUUGGCAUAGUCAUUCAGGACUGUCAUCCCUGAGCAGGCUGCUACACCUUUUGCCAAAAACAAGUGAGAGAGCUUUUCCCAGUCUAUUAGGUUACACUCAGCAGAGCUUGCGGGGGUGCUGGCUCCACCUCUGGCCACCCUGCAAACAGCCGUUCCCAGCUUAUAAUCUUUCUUCAUGGUCAUGGCAUUGCUGGGUGUUGAGAUGCACAGAAGAUGGUGCUGAGGGCAUUGUAGAGGCCUUGGACUUGGUUUCAGUCUGAGGUUGAUUUUCAUUGAUAAGCUAUGACAGGUGAAGGGCCAAGGGGGACUGGGCAACCACCCCCUGGGGUCUAGGUACCAGCACUGGGACACGGGAAAGGGAAGGGUGCCAGCAGCUGCCCCAGCCAGUAUCAACAAUGUGCCAAACAGCCAGUAGGGGUGUGCCUGCCUGGGGAAGAAUUUGUGUCACUCUGCAGCCUGGAUCCCCUGGCAGCAGUGGGGUGGGAAGGGGAAUGGGAGGGAGGGAGAAGCCAUGAAUAGUCUUUCUCCACUGCAUUGAACCAAACCGAGGGCUGGCAAGAUCCCACUCUGCCCAAGCCCCAUGUGUCAGACUCUGUGGGCUCAGAGGAGUCUCUUGCAAUAUUGGACUGGCGCGAGCUGCUGUGAGCGCCUGCAUUGUAACGUUUAAACCCUCUUGCUUUGUGAGUGGCUGUGUCUUGACCAAAGGGCUCCGCUGGUUGGCACGUGGAGGAGCUGUGGGCUGGCAGGCUGCCAUGCGGCAGACAUCAGUCCACACAGCAGCAGUACAGGUUGGGGGAGGGUUGGGAGCUGUGACUUUGUACCCUAUUCAGCCCUUCUUGGGCUCCAUGAGGGAGACAGUACCAAAUGACAGUUAAUUGUGAUGCUGUGCAGGCUGAUGCCAAGCUGGGCAUCGUUGGGCACACGUGAAUGUGCUGCAGGGGCAAGGACCGUGGAGAAAGGGCCUUUGUCCUCUAGAGCACAUCACUGCAGUACCAAUGGCCUGGGGUGUGCCUUGUUCACGAAGGUAGACCUGACGGGGGUCAUAAGUAGAGCAGGAGAGGUAGCCACCCCCACCACACCUGCCUGCAGACCUGCCCUUGUCUGAGAUGUGAGAUGAGGGUCUUCACAGGUGGGGUGGAGGGGGCAGUUGCCAGCUAGGUAAGAGGAUGAGAGAGAAAGUGGGCGUGUGGGUUGUGCCAUGCUGGUGUUCAGCUCAGAGCUACAAGCUGGGCAGAAGACAGCAAGCAGCCUGCCUGGGCCAUCAGCUCCAGCAGGGCCAGGAACCAGCCCUUAAGUGCAGACCCAGGAGAGGUGAGUGCUGUUGGCAGGCAGGGGUUCCUCUUUGCCAGCUGGCUCCUCCCCUCCUGCUGCCAUACCUGCGGUAUUUUGCAGCCUCCAACCUGCAUCAGCCGUAGCCUGAGCAGCCGCUCGAUACUGUAAAGAUUUUUUUUUUUUUUUGUAUAUUUUAUUGCUGUAUCUACAGGUUCUAACUUUCUCCUAAAUAAACCUUCCAAAAUGCCACUUCA